CACCUGCCCGCACAGCGUCUCGCCGCGCCGCACGCCUGCGUCGGUCGCCGACCCCAGCCAGCCACCGGUCCACGCCCGCCUCCCCCUCUCUCCACCCCGUCCGGUCACCCGCUGCCGCGGGCCCUAGUCCGCCGGAUCUCCCUCCCCGGCGACCCGUCCCCGCGCCGGACCAGUCCGGGCCGCGUGGUCGCCCCACCCGCCUCGGGUUCACUCGCUCGCGGUUGCGUGUCCCGCGGGGGGUGACCCCUCGGCAGCUCCCGGUUUCGAAUGGGGCUCUCGUCGGCCGCCGCGGGCGACGGGACGCAGCUCUGUGUCUUCGACCUCCGGAGGGGGCAGCAGGAGGGCCAGGAGCUCGACAAGAUCCUCUUCUUCCACCCCGCCGACUGCCCCAUCCUGCUCCAGCUCUCCGUCAUCGGCCUCUGCGAGGGGAUCGUCACUUUCACGAGAAUAUUUUCCCCGGAAGAGGAUUGUGAGGUUAUAGAAUCAGAGAAACACUCCCAUGUUUUUUACCAAGCCGAAACAGAUAUUUGGAUGGUUCUGGUUGUGGAAAAAAACAAGGAAAAUGAAUUGGCUUGGCGUUGUAAUGCACUCCAUGGUAUUCUUAAAGAGGCUCAUUCUCUCUUUGCAAUGUUUCAUGGACCAAUCCGAACUUUGCUUGACAGACAGCCCAGUGCUGAACUUGCUCGUGGUCACCUCCGCACAUUUAUCACAGAUUAUUUGAGCGAUUUUAAUGUUGGUAAGAAGUUACAAUUUCCAACCUACCGUGACAGCCUAAAGGAGAGGGGAACAGUCCAAAUGCUUACAGUAUCACGAGAAGUGGCACUUGACGUUCAGUCACUCACCACAGUACUUGGAUCAUGUCUUGGAAAUGUCACCUGCCAAUCACUCGUACUAUUUGAAGACCUCUUGGUGUCAACGACACUGCCCCCGGAUGAUACUUUAAACCUAUAUACAUAUGCUGUCCUGAGGUUAACUCCACGUGCUUUAUAUGCCAAUGCAAGUUCUUGGUCCUAUUUGCGAAAAGGAACUUCUGUUAGUGCUGGUCCAACAUCAAGUUCAUCAAAUGGAACAACUGCAGGAGAAAGGUACCAUAGUCGAUCUCGUGAUACUUCUCCUGGUGGACAAAAUCAGAUGCGUCAUAAUUUCAGGCCUCUCCUGCGUGACAAUUUGUCGAAGGGAAAGGACGGCUUUGUUGCUGCUGAUUUCGCAGCUACAGAAGCUCGUGGUGCUGUACCCUUGACUCCAAUACUAUGGUUCCAGCAGGCAGAGGAACGUAUGUACCUAUGCAUUUAUCAGCACAAGAGUCUCACUAUCCUACUGCUGGUUCCUGCUUCCUCACUGAUAAAUGGGGAAGAGGGCAUUGCUCAUGUGAAGAAGCAGAUGCUUGAAAAUGCAUCACAGAAGAUUGUCACUGUUGAGCAGAAAUUGACACGGGGAUGGGGAGGAGAAAAUGCUUAUCACGUUAGUGGAUAUCGUUAUUUGCUCGUUGAUCCGGAGAGAAGAAUAUCAAGAGCCUCCCCACCUGGGAAAGUCACCACCCUGGCAAAGGAUUCUCUACUUGCCCUCAAUAUGCUAAGACAAGAAGUAGAUCUAGAGAAGUCUAGAUACAAGAGAGGUGACCCUUGUCAUGACAAGGAUUUUGAAGCAUGUAUCAGAACAAAAAAUAAUGCAUGGGUUAUUGCUAAAAUUAGUCGAGGAAGGGAGCUUUACAUGGCUUUAGAGAAGGGUGGUGAGACACUUCUUUAUGCAUCCACAGCUGUAGAGAAAUUCAGCAACAGGUACUGUGAGGGAGCAUUCUCUACAGAUUAGAAGCACCAGCGCAAGAUCUUAACUUUUCCAUGCAUUACCUCCUAUGUACAUCCUGGUUCUUCAGCUGGAUCGUUCCCCUCAUUGUUGCGAGACCCGGAUUUCUCUUUGCAAAGGGAAUAAGAAAUUCGUAUCGGUUGUACAGCUGCUCUGCUAUAAUGUGCUAUGUGCAAAAGAAUAGCCUGAUUCGGGAAUAAUGCAGAGCAGGAUAGAGUUCGUUCUCUUAUUACGGCCUCAUGUCCUUCCGCAACGCAGAGCAUUGUGCAUGUUUACAUUUUAUUGUACCAGCUGGCAAUGGACCUGUUGACUGAAAAAAAAACUCAGCUUAGGAUCUGAUUUGGUAUUCUGUAUUUUGGUGAUCUCGUAUCAUAUGGUUGAGUUGACGAGUUCUA